GAUUUUCUCUGUCUCUCAAUUCUUCGGUUUUGAUUCAGUGGCGACAUUUGUAAUAUUGGCGUUUGUACCGUUAGGCGUCACUAGCUGUCGCGCUGGUGACGUCAUUAGCCGCGCCGCUUGCAGCAGCUGGUGGUUGCCGAGGUAACGGAGCGCAGACUGCGGCUGACGGGCCAUGAGUUUUGUAGACGAGCUCGUGGACGUGGGGUCGGUGGAGUCUCUGUGGAGGAAAUCUCAGGGGUCCCGCUGUGAAUCAAGAGGCUGUCAGACGCGUCCGGUGGCCAGUAAGGAGUCCUCAGUGCAGGUGCGAGGAGCCAGCGAGGCCGGCACACAGACCGAAUGGAAACAAGACCAGAGGGUCCUGGAUAUCGACCUCGGCCCUCUUCUGGAUUACCCAGAUGUAGGAGAGUUUCUAAAACGUGUGGAAGGAGACAUGAUCCGGGAGCUGAAGAAGAACUGGAGGAGUCACGCGUUCGAUGGCUUCGACGUCACGUGGGAGGAACCGAAUCCGCAGGUGUCCUGCUUGCACAGUCUCCAGUAUCCUGAAGCGGUGGCCGAGCAUCUUCAAGUCACCAGUGUUACUUGGAACGCCACGGGAUCUGUCAUUGCUUGUUCCUACGGCAGGUUAGGAGAUGGAGACUGGAGCACAGAAAAGUCCUACGUCUGCACAUGGAACCUGGACCGACGGGGCUUCAACCCAAAUCACCCUGAUACUGUCCUAGAUGUGCCCAGCUCAGUCAUGUGUUUGGCAUUUCAUCCCUCCAGACCGUCCCUUAUAGCCGGUGGUCUUUUUAAUGGUGAAGUUCUAGUGUGGGACACUAGUCGGACGGAUGACCCGCUCAUCGGAAGAACUGGUCUCUCCAUAGACAGCCACAUGGACCCCGUCUACCAGGUUCGCUGGCUUCAGGAGGUCGCACAGUCUCACAGGCUGCAGGUUCUGAGCGUCUCUUCUGAUGGGAAGAUCCUUGUAUGGCAGAUGGAAAAGGAGGGACAGCUCAUGCUGCACAAUGGAUUUGCUCUGCUUGCUCAGCAGAUGCCCAGUAACUCAAAGAUGAGCAAGCAUGGCCGAGGUGACACAGCCGUGGGGGUGACAUGCCUCUCCUCUUCACGCUUUGAUCCGAGUGUAUUCGUUGUUGGAGUAGAAGGUGGUUACUUGCUGAAAUGCUCCACUGCUGUCCAGACAGCGGCCCUCACUAACAUGGCUUCCUCUGUUCCGCUGAAGGCCCCAGCCCAGUUUGCCUUCUCCCCUCAUGGAGGACCGGUCUACUGUGUGGAUUGCUCCCCUUUCCACAGGAACCUCUUCCUGAGUGCGGGAACUGAUGGACACGCUCACCUGUACUCCAUGCUUCAGGAGCAACCUCUCACUUCUCUGCAGCUUUCCCAGAAAUACCUCUUUAGCAUUCAGUGGUCUCCAGUGCGCCCCUUGGUUUUUGCUGCAGCUUCUGGAGAAGGAGAACUGCUGCUCUUUGAUUUCGGAAGAAGCUCCCAUAAGCCAUCGCUGAGCGUAAAGCAAACGUCCAAUGAGAAACCAGUUUACUGCUUGGAGUUCAACCGAGCGCAGACCCAGCUCCUGGCCGCCGGGGACGGCGAUGGGGUCGUUAAGAUAUGGCAGCUGAGUUCUGACUUCACAAAGCAAGGAGCUCGAGAGAUGAACCUGCUGGAUGAGCUGGCCGGGGCGGUCGUGGACUGACCCUCGUACGUGUCCCGUAUAUUUAUGACUUGUAACUAAUACAGAUGUGUGUGAAUAAACUCUUAUUGAUAAGGUGCAGCCUUCA